AUGGGAGCCAUCAAAAUCCCGGACUACAACUGGUUUCGAAGCACGGUCCCGCUGAAGAGGAUAAUUGUGGAUGACGAUGACAGUAAAGUGUGGUCUCUAUAUGACGCCGGGCCUAGGAGUGUUCGCUGCCCCAAUUAUAUUCCUGCCGCCAGUUAGUGGGACCGCAGACGUUUUUCUUCCACCAGAUUCUGGCGCUGACCGGCUGGGGCUAUAGAGUCAUUGCUCUUCAGUAUCCAGUGUACUGGGAUCACUUGGAGUUCUGUGAUGGAUUCAGAAAACUUUUGGAUGAUUUGCACUUAGACAAGGUUCACCUGUUUGGAGCGUCUCUUGGUGGUUUUCUGGCCCAGAAGUUUGCAGAAUACACACACAAGUCUCCUAGAGUUCAGUCCCUCAUCCUGUGUAAUUCCUUUAGUGACACAUCCAUCUUCAACCAGACCUGGACAGCAAAUGGCUUUUGGCUCAUGCCUUCAUUCAUGCUCAAGAAGAUCCUUUUAGGAAACUUUUCAUCUGGCCCAGUGGAUCCAGUUAUGGCUGAUGCCAUUGAUUUCAUGGUGGAUCGGUUGGAAAGCUUGAAUCAAAGUGAGCUGGCAUCUCGUCUCACCCUGAACUGUCAGAACUCUUAUGUGGAGCCACACAAAAUCCGGGACAUUGCUGUCACCAUAAUGGAUGUAUUUGAUCAAAGCGCUCUUUCAACGGACGCCAAGGAAGAGAUGUACAAGUUGUAUCCUAACGCAAGGAGAGCUCACCUGAAAACUGGAGGCAACUUCCCCUACUUAUGCAGAAGUGCCGAGGUCAAUCUCUACGUACAGAUUCACCUACGGCAGUUCCAUGGCACCAGAUAUGCAGCGAUAGAUCCAACUAUGGUGAGCGCUGAGGAACUGGAUGUACAGAAAGGCAACAUUCAGCCUAGUGAAGAGACACAGGAGACGGAAGCUUCACCCUAA